UGGAGCACAAAGCACAUUGCUCCUUUUAUAUGUGGUGGCAGCACUAUCCCAGUUUUACUUCAAGGGUUAAUUUGUGUUGCACGACACGUAUUUUAUCCAUGAACUGCGUAAAUCGUAUUUUCUAUCACAAAUUGUUCGAAACUACACCAUUAAAAGAUUAUUCACUGUAUUGUUAAACACAUAUCUGGAAUGAAAAUGAAGAUUCCAAACAAUCGUUCGGGGAACGAUUAUGGGAAUGAAACAGGGAUUAUUUCCUAUAUGGAUAAUAGUUUUGAAUCUGAAAUCGAUGUACAAGGAACUGAAGAGAGCGAUUUUUCUGAAUACCUUUGGAUGGAAAAUGAGGAAGAAUUUGAUAAAGAGGUGAUCCAACAAUUAAUGGAAGAAGAGUUGACAGAGGAAUGUUUAAAAGCAAUGUGGGAAGAAGAAAGACAACAUGAACGAAAUACAAAUUCUAUUGCUUGGUCCACUGCUACUAGCAUGCCUGAGAAUGGUGCGGAACUUUGUCAGCAACUUAACAAUCUAAAAAUGCAUGAUGACCUUGCUAAGCAGAGUACAUUGAAUCCAAAUGCAGCUGAAUUUGUUCCAGCAUUCAAAUCGGCAGUAACAUCUGUAAGUACACCACCAGAAGUUACUGCAGAAUCAUCAUAGAAGCCAUAUAUUCAUUUGUUUAACUGAAUAAAACAUAGGCUAUAUAUAUGGCUAAUGUUUACCAACUUCAGUAACACAGUUGUAUUAACUGAAUUGCAUUAAAAGUUAAAUGACUGUCCCUUCACGUACAAAGGUAUAAUGAUCAUCAAAGCAGAUAAUACAUAAUGCUGUUAUAUGAUAUUUACGAGUAAUGAAGUCAGUUGCAUAACCAUAAAUUGAAAAAUAUAUAUUCAAAUUUUUAUAGUCGUGAGAUAUUGCAUAAUAUUAUAAACAUUUAAUUUUACAUAUAUAUUUUUCGGCGAUAUAUUGAACAACGUGACAUGCCAAAAUCACUUGUUAUGAAAAUUUCCAAUUUAUUGUUUUUAUUUUUAACUGAAGAAAAAUAUAUUCAAAUGUGGUCUAUAUAAUUUAUACAUUUGGUUGGAAGAAAAGAAUACAUAUACGAAGUUUCAUAAGUUAUAUGUAUACACAUUCAACAAUGAAUUGUUGCAUCCAAGUGAACACUACCUUUUUUUUUUAAUACUUUCAGAAUACUCCUUUUAUUCUGAUCUGAGAGUUUUUAUAUACUAUAGUAUGCGUUUCUGAAUGAAACACUUUUCUAAGAGUUCCUUUUGUAACACUUAUUUUAUACUGGUAUACAUCUUCUGUAAUCAUCAACAUGAAUUAAGAAUAUAUACUGAAGUCGUUAAGACUGAUGUAAGUAAAAUGUUGCAUUAAAAAUUGUAUUGCAUCCAAUACAUAUUUCGUUGAUAAAACAAUACUUAACGCAUCUAAUUAUACGAGAACAAUUUUAAUCUUUA